AUGCCUCCUAAAAACCAGAUCUGCGACUUAUUCUCUUUGAUUGAGCGAGUGUACGGUGGUGACAAUGGCUUCGAUUGCGUCGUUUACGCAGUGAAAAAGGGUGUCUCUGACGACUGCGAUCAAGGCAUUGCAUCACACGAGAUUGAGAUAGUCAAAGCUCGUCUUCAGGACAUCUAUGAUGCCUUGAAAAAUGAUACUCAUUCUUUGAGUGGGACUGUCACGAAAGAUCUCUACAAAAUCGGGACACUCUGUCUCUGCAAGCAGAAGCAUGCCAAGGUCAUAUAUGAGACCAGAGCUCAGGAUCAAUGGAUAGAGGACUUGGGGGACCCGCAAAGAUUUCUGAACGACAUGAACAGGUAUCUCGCUCCAGACGGGAAGGCUCAAGACGAAGAGGCUCGAGACAGGGUGGCUGGAGACAAGGACGCUCAUGACAUGGAGUAUGAAGUUUCUCAAGGUAGUUUGUCGCCAACACAUAACUCCACCCUCUCAAAGGACCGACUGAGCCCUGAAGAUGUGAACCGAAUCGUUGCCCUGAGGCUCAACGAGAAAUUAGGGACACUGGACCAGAAACCUGGAUGGCUCUAUGCUCUCUCACAUCCUAUUGCGCAAGACCGAAUCAAAGUAGGAUAUACUACAGACCGCAGCCGCCGCUUCGGAUAUCAUGAGAGGUGUUAUCCUGGGUUCAGGGAAAUAUCCAGCAUCUUUAUCCCCCAUGUACAUCGGUUUGAGCAAAUUAUUCAUGCUGAAUAUGGACAAGAAAAGAAUCGACUUGAAAAGCCCUGCGACAGUUGUGGUAUCACCCACAGGGAAUGGCUCCGGGUGGAUGAGCCUACACUGAAAGCCAGCAUGAAAGCAUGGGAGAAGUUUGCCAAAAGCCAGCCUUAUGAUGACCGAGGAAAUCUUCACAAAUGUCUUACGCCGCCAGCUGCUGGUUUCUCCAGAGCACGGAAUCGCUGGCAGAAGUGGGCCAAAGAUCAAUCUAUAAUUAGGUCGUCUUCCUCGUCUUCGCCAAAAUCAACACCUACAAGAGAAGCUCCUCCGCGCGCGAAGAAGAGCCGCUCAAGCACAUCGCCAUCGCCAUUCAUUGAUCCCUCAAACACGAAAGAGCUCCCAACAGCUCUACCUCCUAAAGGAAUAACAGAACAACGACCGCUUGUUUUCAGGCCAGCCAAAGGCAAUUUCGAUAGUGUGUCUUGA